AUGAGGAGAAAUCGGAUCGAGGGAAAUCACAACCACACAACACAACAACAAUUCUACAACUUCACACUCGAAAUGGUUAACAACCUACCGGCACUCUAUGUGGAGGAUCACGAUGAGUCCGAGAAGGAAGUCAAUCGUACACGAUACAUCCUGCUCUACACUAGUUUUUACGAGGAUGCCAGUUGGGGCUUACCAUCCGUCACGGUCGGCACGGACUACUUCAAGGCUAAACGGUGCCCGGUCACCAACUGUGUUAUGACGACUGACCACGGGCUGGUGAAGCCAAUUACGGAGUAUGAUGCACUCGUCUACCAUGGCGCCAGACGCUGGAAAGUGAAACCACCGCGGGAGCGGGCGCGCAGGCAGAUUUACAUCGCAGCCAUCUGGGAGUCACCGGCGCACACCGAGCAUCCGCUCGGGCCAGAAACGAACUCUUUCUUCAACUGGACCAUGACGUACCGGCUGGACUCGGACAUUCUGUUCUACUACGGCAUCAUAGUGGACCUGGAGAGUGGAGAGGUGGUGAGCCCAGCCUACAAACCGAUCUGGCGCUAUGGUUUUGAUGCGUACAGGAACGCAACCUUAGUGAAGCUGGUGAGCCGGAAGCGCGUGAUGGCGGCUCAGUUUGUUUCGCACUGCGGUGCUGUAUCGAAGCGUGAUCAGUUGGUGCAAUCGUUGCAAGAUGCUGGUCUAAUGGUUGAUGUGUACGGUUUAUGUGGCAAUUACACCUGCUACCAUAAGAGCAAGAGUUGUGGACAGAUGUUGGAUAAGGUUUACUGGUUUUACCUUUCGUUUGAGAACUCACUGUACGUCGACUACGUCACGGAGAAGCUGUACAACGCGCUCGAGCACAACGUCGUUCCGAUCGUGUACGGCGGAGCCAACUACUCCCGCUUCGCCCCUCCCGGCUCCUACAUCGAUGUGCAGGAUUACGGAUCCGCCAAACAGCUCGUCGAUUAUCUGCGAUAUCUGAUCGAAAAUCCACAAGAGUACGUAAAGUACUUCUGGUGGAAGCAGCACUACGCGAUCGAUAAGUCCUCUUCUGUGUGGUGUCAGGUGUGCGAAAAGCUGCACUCCGUCAGCACCAGGACGGCGGUACAGUACUACCGCAAUAUACAUUCCUGGUGGCACGAUAGUGCCAGCACGGCCAAACAGAAGCUUAAGUUUUGA